AUGGAACUUAUUCAAUCGCAGAAAGGCAAAGAUUUACUGUUGAGCGAUGGGUACCGGUAUCGUAAGGCGAGAACUAAUACCGAUGGCAGUGUAUCAUGGAGAUGCGCCGAGACACCUUGCCGAGGACGUGUCAAAGUGUCAUUGGAAAAUGUCGUGGUAAAUGUGACUCGACACAGUCAUGCUCCAGAUCCAGCUAAAAAUGAAGCAAAAAAAUCUGUGUCUAAUAUGAAAAGGCGAGCAGCGGACACCCUUGAGAAACCAAGGCAGUUGAUUCAAGGAUCGACAAGAGGAAUAAAUUUGGAAGCAUCAGUCCAUUUGCCAUCGUACAAUGCAUCUCAGAGAACUGUUGAGCGUAUUCGGCAAAGGCGUGAAGUGUCGUGCCCAAACCCAGGCUCUGUUGCCAAUAUUAAACCCAGGCUCUGUUGCACUACAAGUCACUCUUCAAGAAAUCUAAAUUUCUUGUUAUGGGAUUCUGGACAGAAUGAUCCUCAUCGCAUCUUCAUGUUUGGUACUGAAGAAAAUUUGGAAGUUUUAGAGGAGCACCGGCACUGGCACGUAGAUGGAACCUUUAAAGUAGCCCCACAAUUAUUUUUACAAGUAUUUACCAUUCAUGCAUUGGUAGAUAACCGUUCUAUUCCGUUGAUUUACGUGCUUCUACAGGAUAAACGAGAAGAAACAUAUGUUCGAGUGUUUAAAAAAUUGAUGGAGUUGAAACCCACUUUAAAUCCAAUAAGCUGCUUAUCCGACUUCGAGAAAGCGAUCCAAAAUGCAGUUUGCCAUGUAUUUCAUGGUGUUCAGGUGAUGGGUUGUUUAUUCCACUUAGGGCAGUGUUUAUGGAGGAAAAUCCAAGAGCUACAUCUUGUAGAAGAAUAUCGCAAUGACGAAAAUGUGAGAAUGCAUUUGAAAAUGUUACUAGCGUUAUCUUUUGUCCAAGAGGGCGACGUAAUCACUGCUUUUGAGGAGCUAACCGAAAGCUGUCCACGAGAAAUUGAUGCAGUCAUCGAUUACUGGGAAGAUACUUAUAUAGGACGGCAAAGAAGAAAUCGGAGAGCAGAUCCAAAAUUUCCUAUUCAUGUAUGGAAUGUUCAUGAUAGAGUGCACCAGGGCCUUCCGCGUACAAAUAACUCUGUAGAAGGAUGGCAUCAUGCUUUCCAACACACAGUUGACUGUCACCAUCCAUGUAUUUUCAAAUUAAUAGACCACUUCAGGAAGGAACAAGACCGGGUAGAAAUAGAGUUGGAACGUUUUCGAGCCGGCUUCAGAAAUCCCGAAGCUUCCAAAAAGAAGUAUGUGCAACUUAAUCCUCGAUUGGAAACUCUUAUGGGAAAUUAUAACAACGACGACCUUUUACCGUAUCUCCGUGGAAUUUCCAACAAUCUGACAUUAUAA